GCGCAUAUCGCCAUCAUAUCUCGCCCCAAGCAUUUGUAUCGUCUUUCCUCAACAUACAAACCGCCAUGAACAAGACUCAGUUUUAUCUGUCGCAGUGUGCCGAGGCCGCGUCAAAGAGCCCUAUGUGCUUUACCCUAGGUGCCGUGAUGGUCAAGGGAGGCAAGGUCAUAUCCUCCGGGUACAACCAUCACAGGCCUCACUAUGACGGCGCGGAGGUCAGGACGCACGGGCAUCGCAAGCCCGUGUCGAUGCACGCGGAGAUGCACGCCAUCUUCAGCUUGACUGGCAUGUCCCCGUCGUUCAAGACGCAGGUUCAAGGCAUGGAGCGUCGGGUUUCACCGGCUACACCACCAGAAUCACAUACAACAAAAGGGCCAAAAGGGCUUGCGGGCCCUGAGGCAUCUUUCUCCGGGCCCGCCGUCACUACCACCAUCGAGCUCGAGCUCGAGUAUGACUCAGACGACCGCGCUUGGUGGCUCUAAGCUACUUAAGCGCAAGAGUAGGCGCAGACAGCGCAACUCAAAUCAGGCUCCGUCGUCGCUGUCGCGGAGGGGAUCCAGUAGCAGUUCCAGUAGCGUGGCGGAGACUAGCAGCAGUGAGAGUCACGCUUCUUCGUCCCGGCAUGCACGCGCACCCCCGUCCGCCGCAGAUUGUGGCAUGUCGACAAACGGCACGACCGCGACUCGUCUCAAGGACGGCGACAGGGGUUGGGAUGCUCGCCGCCGCGACCCUCGGGCGAACGGCGCGGACAUUUAUGUCGCGCGCUUCACGAAGAACGGCAUGGGCAGCGCGAAGCCAUGUUGGCGGUGUUUAGAGUGGUGCAGGUGGGCUGGCGUAAAGCGCAUAUUCCAUUGGAAUGCGGAAGAGAAUCGCUUCGAGGUCGUAAAGGUAAACAAUGCCGAGAGUGGACAGUACGAGACGCAUGCCGACAUACGUCUCUUUGCCGGACUGGGUUGGUAGUGCGACGGACUACUUGUAACGAUAGUCAUUCCCUCCUAUAUCCAUCCCUCUUUGUGUCUUUGGCCUUCCUGCUGCGGCGUAGGCUCGCCCUUUGCCUCGGUACAAAUUUCUACCCCG